AUGUCAAUACCAUCACCCUCGGAUCUACCAACUUCCUUGACGCAGAACAUAAGGCAGGCACUGUUUCUAGCGGUAUCCCAAAAGAAAAAGAGCAUAUGUAUGGACGUGACAUAUUUGAGAGAAGUCACCACGAAGCUGUACUAUUCGAAAUCCCAUGAUUUGGGGCUUUCAUAUAAGCAAGGAAGGGUGCCGGCAGCAGCGAAGACUACUAUUUUCGCCUUAUUCAGUGAUACCGAUAUACCACCGGCGCAUUGGACCGCCGAGCACGGUUUUCCCGGUACGAAGACAUAA